AUGUCUUUAACUGAACCCGCGCGUGUGGCCGAACUGUUCCGACAAGCACCUCAGCUGGCAUAUGCCGUUUUCCAAGCUCUCCUCCUCAUGAACCUUGUCGACUACAGCGUGCUUGGAUCCGUGAUAGAACAAGCUGCGCAGCCGGCAGCUGCUGCUCCUCCCGCUGCAGCACCGGCCUUCAAUCCCUUUGGUGCGGCAGUACCAGGUCCAGUGUCGACUCCACCUGUGGUCAACGCGCCGUUCGGCCAACCCGCCCCGCAGGCCACGCCGCAACCGAUGGCAGGCCAUGACGAGCUCCUACAGCAGGUGCUCGCAAUGCCGGAGUCGGCCAUUGAUGCUCUUCCUCCGCUGGAACGGAACCAGAUCAGAUUACUGCGACAGCAAUUACGACAGAGUGGAAUGCGAUAA